AUGGACAAUGUCAAGACAUCCGGGGCCGAACACAUUGAGUUCCCCAAGACGGGAGACAACCCCAAAGACCCUGGUCCUGGAACAGUGCCAGCAGCUCUGUUGGGCUUGAUGCCAGAGGAAAUACAGCAACGGGAAAAGAAGCUAGUGAGAAAGGUUGAUAUCCGACUGCUGAUUAUGAUGUUGGUCAUGUAUAUUCUGAACUACCUGGAUCGCAACAAUAUUGCAGCAGCAAAGCUGGCCGGUCUGCAAAAGGAUUUGAACCUUACGGGGGACGAGUAUCAGGUUUGUGUCAGUAUCCUGUUUGUUGGAUAUCUUCUUAUGCAAGUUCCUUCGAAUAUGAUUCUCAACAAACUUGGUAAACCUUCAAUUUAUCUGCCAGGAUGUAUGGUGGUGUGGGGUGUCAUCUCGUGUUGCACUGCUGCCACGAAGGAUUUUGCUGGCUUGGUUGUCGUUCGAUUCUUCCUCGGCUUCGUCGAAGCUGCAUACUUUCCCGGCUGUCUCUAUCUUCUUUCGGCCUGGUAUACCCGGAAAGAAUUGGUCAAACGGACCGCGUUGCUGUAUGCGGGUUCAUUAAUUUCAGGUGCAUUCUCCGGUUUGAUUUCUGCUGGUAUCACGAGUGGCUUGAACGGCGCACGAGGGAUUGCAGCUUGGAGGUGGCUGUUUAUCAUCGAGGGAUCACUGACGAUCUUUGCGGCCUUGAUCGCAUUUUUCAUCGUUCCUGAUCUGCCCCGAACGACUCCGUGGCUGACCGACGAUGAGAAAGUCCUUGCGGCCUGGAGGCUUGAAAAGGACAUUGGCGAAGAUGAUUGGGUGGAUAAUGAACAUCAAAGCAUGUUCAAUGGCGCAAAACUCGCCGUCAAGGACCCAAAGAGUUGGCUAUUGCUUGGCGUCAUCUAUGGUUGCACUUCGGCAGGUUCUGUGACAACCUUCUUUCCAAGUGUGAUGGCUGGACUUGGCAGGGACAACAUUGAUACCUUGCUUUUGACCACCCCUCCAUAUUUGAUCGGCACAAUCAUCGUGUUGAUACACGCCUGGAAUGCGGAUCGAACAGGCGAGCGAUAUUUACACAUAUGUCUUCCACCAAUCAUCGCCAUUGUCUCGUUUGUCUUGGCUAUGGCAGGCAAUAACUUCGCUGCCCGAUAUGUCGCGAUGUGUAUCAUGCUUGGUAGUAUCUAUUCCGGUUACGUUGUGGCCCUAGGCUAUAUUUCAAACAUCCUCCCGCGCCCGGCAGCAAAACGAGCCGCUGCUUUGGCUUUCAUCAACUGUCUCAGCAACGUGUGUCAGAUUUACACCCCUUACCUCUACUACGACUCCGCCUCACCUCGGUAUAUCGUCGCGUUCAGUAUCAACAUCGGCAUGCUUUCCAUGACAAUUGUAUUUUCCACCAUUCUGCGCAUUUAUCUUGGAAGAUUGAAUAAGCAACUUGAUCAAUUAGAUGGUAUUGACGCUGCUCCACGGGCUCGUGAGAAUGAAGAGCACGGCUUGCCUGGAGCGGCAGUGAGAGAGGGAUUCCGAUUCCUGCUAUAA